AUGACCAGCAGUGAGAACUUUACAGCUCCGGGCGUGACCGGGGAAGAGCAAGCUCAUAACAAUCUGAUGAUGGUGAUAGCCACCUUGACAUGGCUGAUGCUCAGCUUCUUAACUCUCAUCAUUUAUUGCUGCAAUUACUGGCAAGUUUUGAGACCGCACUGGCGAAGAAACCGGGAGGAUUCCGAGCCACAGCAAAGCACUUUGCUAUCAGUGGAUGAUUAGCUGGGA